AUGGCCUUUGCCGUCGAUGUUGAGGACCCGAAAGGGCGGAUUCAAGCGUAUAUCGACUCCUACCGAAAUUCUGCUCUGGACUCUUAUAAAGGCAUCGACGAGAACUUCAUGCGCAAUCACAUCCAGAUAGUCUCCGCUACAUCUACACCUGAAAAGACAACAGCUAUCUUCACCAUGAAAGCUGCGCCCGAAUUCACAAAUCGCAUGGGCAACAUGCAUGGCGGGGCGAUCGCGAUGAUCUACGAUAUGUGUACGACGAUGACCGCGGCGCCGUUGGCUAGAAGAGAUUUCUGGAUUUUCGGCGGAGUCUCAAGAACGUUGGGCAUCACGUUUCUCCGGCCUGUGCGUGCGGAUAUGGAGCUGUUGAUUGAGUGUGAGGUGUUGCAGCAGGGGGAGAGGUUGGCGACGAUCCGCGGGCAGAUGAAGGAUAAGAAAAGUGGGAGGUUACUGUCGGUCGCGGAGCAUAAUAAAGCGAGUAUCAAGUUCAUAGAGCCGAGCGCUAAGUUGUAG